AUGGCACCUAGUAGAAUCAGCAGUAACCCCUCUUCCGCUCCAGAAAAGCCUUUGUCAUCCAUCGCUGAAGACGAUGCCUCGAUGAUUCCAUCUGCCGCGUCUAGAAUAACGUCAGCUUACCUCUCCUGCUGCACCAAGCAGCUCAACCCUCAGCAGACUUCCACAUCCUCCAAAGCUCGGCCGUACAUCGAGACACUGCUCAAUAAGGAGAUUGGGGAUAUAUUGAGUACAAAGUUGAACACGAGAGUGGAGGAGAAAAGAACGGAGGGCGCUUUGGAGGAUGUGACAAUGUUUUUGGUUGCGAUUGACGUUGAGGAUAACGAGGUGACAGCUUUGGGUAAAAUGAUGGGGGAAUGGAUAAAGGGAGAUACAUAUGUAGACGUGUCUACCCAGGUAUAG